AUGGAUAUAGAUUUGAGUGGAAAGGUGGCGAUAGUGACUGGAGCUAGCUCAGGAAUUGGAGCAGAGACAGCAGUAACAUUUGCAAAAUAUGGAGCUAAGGUAUCACUAGUGGGACGAGAUGAAGUCAGACUUCUGCAGACAGUGAACAAAUGUGUGGAAGUAAGCAACGUAGUGCCACUGUGGGUGCGACUAGACCUGACACAACCAGGGGCCUGUGAAGCAGUCAUCAACAAGACCGUAGAAACAUACGGCAAGCUAGACAUACUAGUAAACAGUGCUGGAAAGGUAAUAUUCUCAUUCCUAUCUGACGAUUCAAUGGAGAGGUUAGAUGACUUGAUGAACGUGAACUUCAGAAUACCAUAUCACUUAUCACAGUUAGCACUACCGCAUUUGGAGAAGACGAAAGGAAAUAUAAUUAACAUAGGAACUUCAAUGUCGAGACGGACAAAACCUGGGAUGCUGGGAUAUACCGUGUCAAAGGCUGCACUGCAGAUGUUUACAAGACAGGCGUCAUUUGAAUUAGCGCCGAAAGGAGUGAGGAUAAACUGCAUAAGUCCAGGGCCUUCAAAGACGAAUAUUUUGGCGAAUAUAAUUGUGAAUAAUCCAGAAUUGAGGGAUAUGAUCAACAAAGAUUUGAUAAAGUCGACGUCUGAUGGUAAUAUGUUGGAUCCUAAAGAGGUUGCCUUGUUGAUUUGUUUGACUGCCAGUGACGCGUUUCCGAGUCUUAAUGGUGCUGAUAUGUUGCUAGAUGGUGCAGUUUGUAUGGCUUAG